AUGAUCAAGUUGGAAACUGGAGUGGAGAACAAAGGAGGGAUUGAAAAAUGCCUGGGGAAAUGUUCAUCAGAAGAUUUGCCUUUUAAUGGAAGCAGUGCCAAUCUUUUGCCCUUCGGCUACAGCACAACAAGAGACAAGAACAUCACUAAGCUGAAAGUAAAUGGACCGUUGUAUGAUGCUAAGGAGGAAAAUUGUCAUAAUCAGGAGGAGUGUGGAAAGUCGGCAGAGUGUAUGAGGUGGACUUCUCUUGAAGCUGCGUGGACUACCUGUAACAAUAAAUCCUUUGCUCACGCCCAUCCAAGUAAGGAUAUGAAUAUUGUCUGCCUUUCUUGA